AUGGCAGCGGCUGGUCUUGACGUGCACUUGCAUCCACUAGUCCUCAUCAACGUUUCGGACCACGUCGUGCGAUUCCGGAGCGCUGGUCGGUCAGAACGAGUUCUUGGUGCACUGCUUGGUGCACAGGAGGGAAGGCGCAUAGAUGUGCACAACUCAUUUGAGCUCGUCACCCAAGAAGCUGGCGGCGAAAGGUCGCUUGACCUAGAAUUCUUCCAGCAACGCCUGUCCCAAUAUCUAGAGGUGUUUCCGCGAUACGAGUUCCUCGGCUGGUACUCCACUGGCCCUCACCCAGAAGAAGCUGACAAGGCUUUGCAUAGAAAGAUCCAGGAGGUUGGAGCCAACGAAAACCCCUUUGCCCUCCUCGUGGACUCUGACAAGAUGUCACGGGAGAAGGCGUCGCAGGCAGAGGAGCUGCCAGUCAAGGUCUAUGAUGCCACAGUCCACAUUGAGCAAGGUUCAGCUACAGUCACUUGGAACGAGGUGCCGUACAUCAUCGACACCUUGGAGGCUGAAAGGAUAGCAGUCAACCAUGUAGCCAAAUCAGCUACUACGGCAGCUGCAGGCUAUUCGUCUGACUUCACUCAGUACACCAGUGGCCUGUCGAACUCAGUCGUCAUGCUGAGUAAUCGAAUCAAGGAGCUCUUAGAGCACAUCAAGGAGGUGAAGGAAGGGCGGGCGCCAAAGAAUCCGGAGGUCCUGAGGCAGACGCUUUCCAUCUGCCAGGCACUGCAGUCUGUGCAUCCCGCUGCCUUACAAGAGGAGUUCUGUGGCGAAUACAACGAUGCCACCCUGGUCGUCCUGCUUGCAACUCUGACAAAGGUGUGCGCCAACACCUCUGACCUCCUUGACAAGUUUCAGCUUGCCUAUGACAGGAAACAUCGGCCAAGGCAUCACUAUCCUUUUGGCUGA